ACUAGAGUGGAGUUUGUGUUGUUGAAGAAGGAGGAAGGCAGCAAAGAGGGGAAGACAGCAGUACAAAACAUUGAAAGUGGGAGAAUUAGACGGGGUUUUCGACAUGGCAUCAGGCGAUACCCUGUACAUAGAAACGGAUGGAUCGGAGAUGCCUGCUGAGAUAGUGGAGCUUCAUGAAAUAGAAGUGGAGACUAUCGAGACAACAGUUGUUGGAGACGACGAUGAACAUCAGCCUAUGAUCGCUUUACAGCCUCUCGACACAGAUGAUCCACAUUCGCUUCACCAUCACCAGGAGGUUAUUUUGGUGCAAACCCGAGAGGAGGUGGUGGGUGAAGAUGAUUCGGACCUACAUGCGGACGACGGUUAUGAGGAUCAGAUCCUUAUCCCGGUACCGGCAGUAGAAGAGGACUACAUCGAACAGACUCUGGUGACUGUAGCUGGGAAGAGCUCGGCGGGGCGGAUGAAGAAAGCGGGAAGCGGGAAGAGAGCGGGCAAAAAGAGCUAUUUAGGUGGAUCAGAAGCCAGUGGGAGAAAAUGGGAGCAGAAACAGGUCCAGAUAAAGACUUUGGAGGGAGAGUUUUCAGUCACGAUGUGGGCAUCGGAUGACAAGAAGGACAUAGACCACGAGGAGCAGAUAAUCGGGGAGAACUCCCCUCCAGACUACUCAGAGUACAUGACAGGGAAGAAGCUUCCGCCAGGAGGUAUCCCAGGCAUUGACCUGUCAGACCCCAAACAGCUGGCAGAGUUUGCCAGGAUGAAACCACGGAAGAUCAAAGAAGACGAUGCUCCCAGGACGAUAGCCUGUCCCCACAAAGGCUGCACUAAGAUGUUCAGGGAUAACUCAGCGAUGAGGAAGCACCUGCACACCCAUGGGCCACGGGUGCAUGUGUGUGCUGAGUGCGGCAAGGCCUUUGUAGAAAGCUCCAAGUUAAAAAGACAUCAACUGGUUCACACCGGAGAGAAACCCUUCCAGUGCACGUUUGAAGGCUGUGGGAAGCGCUUCUCUCUGGACUUUAACUUGCGCACGCACGUUCGUAUUCACACUGGUGACCGGCCGUACGUCUGCCCGUUUGACGGCUGCAACAAAAAGUUUGCUCAGUCCACUAACCUCAAGUCCCACAUCCUCACACAUGCCAAAGCUAAAAACAAUCAGUGAGCCAGCCUUGGCAGAGACAAGCCACUGCACCCCUCUACCCCCCUCCCCUCCAAGCCCCACUACCACAGCAUCGUCCUGUGUCCUCUUCAGAGAUAUGAUGAAAUUCCUCCUUUGUAUCGUUUCUAGUAAAAAAAAAAAAAAAGUGUUUUAUGAGAGAAUGACCUUAAGACUUUUUGAUAUGCGUGGUGGUAAAAAUGAGGCACUCUUGAGAUGACGCAGAACCCAACUUCCCCCCCCCCUCCCAGCCACCAAGCUCCCUGAGAGAAAAGAUGACGGUUUCUUCUUGUGAAGAUGUGAACGGAAUUCUUGGAUCUGAAAGAUGACAACUGUCUUUAUUUCUACUUCAGCCGAGAAGAGCCUAAAGUCUAGUCUAACCAUCCAUCAGCAUAGUAAAAUCUAAUUAAUUGCUUUUUAAUUUUGUACUUUUCCUAAGUGUGCAUAUUGUACACUUCUUUUGGCAUAAGCUUAGUGGUAUUAUGUAUGUAUAUUUUUCCUUGAGAAGUAAAAUCUGUGAUGUCUCCUCAUGGGGGAGAUUUGGCAGUGGUUGUACCUCCCAAUGUUUUACAGACAGUUGCUUUGGAGGGAUAUAGGGUGAUCUCUACAGACCUUCAUUUUGUAUAAUUGUAACGUACAGAUAUAUCGGAAUCAUGUAGAUAGUAGUAAUGUGAUUUACCUAGUGUUAACAGAUUAAUUAAAACCAUUCUUUUCCCAUUGCACUGUCAGAUGCAAAAAAAAACAAUCUGUCAUGUCUGUUGAUUACAGCACACCCUCUUUUUUCUGUUCAACUCAACCAGACAUGGUGCUCAGUUGCAUUGUGAGAAUGUAUUGUCCAACCUGCACUAACCCAUGCUAAUAUUGACUUCCCCCACUUCAUAAGGCCUAUACAGAACCCAAGGGUCCCUAGCAAGCUCCUUCUAGGAUGUGUGUUUCUGAGAAUGCGAUGUGUGUAGAGACUUCAGGUGUGGGUAUGUGAUAGAUGAUUAGACUUGUUCUAACGCCAUUUUGAAUGUGACACUUCCUCUGAUCUGUUGGUUCUUCAAAGGGACUAUUUCUAUUGGCUCCCAAAUCUGAAUAAAGACAUGGCUGAUCUUAAA